AUGCGCUGGGUCUCCAAGCUCCUGGCCCUGGCGACGACAGGUGCUUUGGGGACGAAUGCUCUGGAAACCUCAAUCUUUACCUUCCCUGGUGGCGGUAAAGGCUACGAGAGUGCCCUUACCGAGCCACAGAGUAUAUCGGAAGAUGUUGCCCGACUCUUUCUUCAACUUCGCGGCCAGUCUUCCCUGGCAACGGUUCUUGGUCAGGCGGGGACAGAUGCCGUUGAUCGCCUGAAUCAGUUUGCGAAUGCUGAAUCCACCCUUUUUGGUGGUUCUGAAGGCACUGAAUCUGGGGGGGAAAGCAUCAUUCUUUUCGAGGGUGUCAAUCAAGAAGUUGGCGUGAAUCUACGGAAGAAGCAGCCACACAGCCUCAUAGUUCCUCAUACUUCAUCGAAUCUAAUCGGAGACUCACUAAACCUCCUUAUGGAAAUCGAUAACAAUGGUAAUCACUGCCUUUACACUAAGGAUGCCAGCAAGGUGGAUUCGAAAACUGCUCAGUCCGCCAACGAGUGUCUCAUCGUGAAUCCCAUUCUCGCUCAUACGACUGGCUUCUUUGAUCAUAAUCUACUUGACCUGAUCGAGUCGGUGGAAACUUGGGCCAGUAAGGAUCAACGGACAACUGCUACAAGGCUCUCAUUCAAGGCGAGCUCUAGUGAUGGUGUAUUCGUCAAUGAAUUUCUACAGUCCUUCUUCCAGUAUCUGGCCGAGCAGUCUUCAAUGGAACAUCGGGAAACCACAGUCGUGCUUCUGCCAGCCACUGGAGGCUCUCGGGACUCUGCGCAGAUUCUUAGGCGAGGCUCGGAGGUCUUGUCUAGACCAUCUGCGUUAGGUGCACAAGAUGCGCUUCGGGGGUCUGCGCAAGACCUGCCCCUUCACUCGAAUCUUGCCCCUGUUUGCCACGUCUCCAACUCGUCUUGCGCUGAGGCAACAAAUGGCUGCUCUGGCCACGGGUCUUGCUAUCUGAAAUAUGGAUCUGGUGAGGAGGGUUCUACGGGCAGCUGUUACGCGUGUCGAUGCCAGCAAACGGUGGUGCGGAAGAGUGACGGCUCCAUCCAGAAAUUCCAGUGGGGUGGGCCUGCCUGUCAGAAGAAGGAUAUCAGCUCCCCUUUCUUCCUCAUUGCUGGUGUCAGUGUAUUGGCAGUUCUCAUGGUAGGAAGCGCUAUUGGUAUGCUUUUCAGCAUGGGACAACAGGAGCUCCCUAGUGUGAUUAGUGCUGGUGUUGGUGGUACCAAGGCACAAUCAUAA